UGCCUGCGUGUCUUGUCUGCCCGCAGGCUGACCGAGUCGGGCCUUUCCAUGGUUGACUGGCACCUGGUGAAAGAGAUGAAACCCCCAAGGACGCAGCAGGAGUGGGAAGCUGAGUUCCACAAGUACCAGCAGUUUCCCGAGUUCAAAAUCCUGAACCGUGACAUGACGCUGACGGAAUUCAAGUUCAUUUGGUACAUGGAGUAUUCGCACCGCAUGUGGGGCCGCGUCGUGGGCCUGGCCUACAUCCUGCCCGCCGCCUACUUCUGGCGGAAGGGCUGGCUCAGCCGGCCCAUGAAGGGCCGCGUUCUUGCGCUCUGCGGGCUGGUCUGCUUCCAGGGGCUGCUGGGAUGGUACAUGGUGAAGAGCGGGCUGGAAGAGAAGCCAGACUCUUACGACAUUCCUCGGGUCAGUCAGUACCGUCUCGCAGCACAUCUCGGCUCUGCACUAGUCCUGUACUCUGCUAGCCUGUGGACAGGGCUGUCUGUGCUGCUCCCACAACACAAGUUACCUGAAACCCAUCAGCUCCUUCGCUUGAGGCAAUGCGCUCACGGCACUACCGCUCUCAUCUUUCUGACUGCUCUUUCAGGUGCCUUUGUGGCAGGGCUGGAUGCUGGCCUUGUGUACAAUUCCUUCCCCAAGAUGGGGGAGCGCUGGAUCCCAGAAGAUCUCCUUGCCUUCUCCCCUGUGCUGAGAAAUAUCUUUGAGAAUCCCACAACUGUACAGUUUGAUCACAGGAUCUUGGGAAUCGCCUCGGUCACAGCAGUCACAGCACUGUACCUCUUCUCACGGAAGAUCCCACUGCCUUGCAGGACCAGGAUGGCUGUGACUUCCUUAUUGACUGUGGCUUGCGUGCAGGUGGGCCUGGGCAUCAGCACCCUGCUGCUCUACGUCCCC